GAUGCAGUGCGUGCCAACCACCGGUGAAGAACAAAGCCGGUGGUGAGCGGGGCCACGGCACGAUCCUUUUAGAAAAGCUCGCAUGCACGGACAUGCUGUCAGUCGGCGGUGACCCACACGCAGACACGCUGACGACAACGAACAACCCGCCUCCGCCUUCGCCAAACGACCGGCCGGCCGGGCCCGGGACCAGCCGGCGACGGGAAAAGCGUGCGGUGCCCAGCCGCCCUGCGUGCCGUGCCGCCCGCACGCACCCAACCGGGCCAUCCCGCCCCCGACCCCUCCAUGUGCACGGCGCACCACGCUGCCGCUGCAUGCUCUGCUCCUCCCGCUUUCGCCGCGGACCCCGCGCGCGCUGCACCGCACGCCGGCGGCUGCUAGCUAGUCGGCUAAACGCUACACCAACACGCGCGCGCCACCAGCUCACCACCCACCGGUUCCCGGCCUCCGGGUUAUAAAGCGCCCCGCGCCGCCGCGCCUCCCACCUCUUAGCCACACCCGGCCACCUCCAUCAGCCCACCUUGCUUGCUAGCUCGCCAAAGGCGCCGCGCAGCUCCUCCGCUCGCUUGCCUCAUCGGCCGACCACCACCAGCAGCCAUGGGCAACUGCCUCAACGCGGCCUCCAAGCGGAGCCGCGGCGGGCUGCUGCCGGAGGAGGAAGAGAGCCUCUCCGAGAUGCGGAGGAUAAGCCAGCUGCUGCGGGACGAGGAGGACGAGGGGGACGCGGAGUACUACCAAGAGGAGGCCGAGGAGGAGGAGGAGGCUCCGGCGGCGGCGAAGGGGCUCAAGGUGAAGGUUGUGCUCACGCGCGCCGAGCUCGAGUGGCUCAUGGCGCAGCUCAAGAGCGGCGACCGGCGCCUGCAGGACGUGCUCCACCACAUGCACGCCGCCAAGGCCGCCGCCGACAAGCACCCGGGCGGCGGCGCCGCCUGGCGCCCGCGCCUCGAGAGCAUCCUCGAGUGCCAGGAGACCCUCGUCUCGUAAUAAGCUCGGAUCGAUCGGGACAUGCGGCAUGUUCCCGCAGAUCUCCUUUGUCGCUUGCUUGCUCUUCUGCCUGGAUCGAUGGGGUCGUCACGGAGAGGAGGCUUCUUGUGGUUUUUUUUACAAGGGAGUGGCCUUGUUACAGCCCUGCAAAGAAAGGUUGGAGGGAUGAUGAUCCAUCGGAUGGACUAUACUCUCUAGACUAGUAUCUCGUUCGCUCGUGCUGCCCAAUUAGCGUCGUCAAUCUUGUCUCGCUUUUGCCUCUGCUUUUAUCAUCUAGCUAGCAGCUCUUUUCUUUUGUAAAUAGCGCUGAGAACGGAUGAGAUGGCAACUAAAGCCCUCUGUCUGCUGUAAUCUGCUCUUAACCAGGCCCUUAAUCUGGUUCUUCUUCCUAGCUAGUACCACCUGCUUGCUUGCUAGACACUGUAGUUGUGAAACUUGGGAGUCCUUCACUCAGUUAAUACUUAAUUUGGAACCGUGAGUACAACAUC